AAACGGAAAUUGCGUCAGAGACGCGCCAAAAACGACUUUUUAGGGAGAACUGGCGCUGUUUUGGGGUGGUACUGUGGUUCUCCGUGGUCUUAACGCUUUCGUGGUGUGGUGGUGAAAACAACUGAAGUUCCUAAGCUGCUGCGACGGGAGGGACCGGUUCCGCCCUGGGCCGUCAGGAGAGCUGCUGCCGAAGAAAACCAGAAUAUCUGGCAGGGGUCGCCGGAGGAGCUGGACUCUUCAUAGACCUCUUGUGUUUCCCACGUAAAGGGAAGGGAGAAUCAGGCCGGAUGAAUUAGAGCCUGGCUUUCUCUGCGGUCCUACCUCUUGUAUUUAUUACUUUUCGCAGCAUAGUAACCUUUGAGAAGGUUAUGGUAGGUAGUGUCAUGGGAGCCCCUCAUUUUUUAACUCGAAGACAGUUUUGCUGUCUGUACUGUCACCAAGACAACGUUAAUCUUCGUCACUGUGCUUAAUUUCCUUGGGCUUCAGUUUCUCAAUGUAUAAUGUGUGGUUGGCGAUCAAAGUACUGUCAUUCCCUAAAAUUGUGAACUGGUUAUUAACUAAAUCCUUUUAAUAUAAAAGAUUCCAGUAGACUCGCAUUAAUUGUGGUACAUUGUAUGGGUAUGUUCUUAUUUAUUUGUAUACAUAAGAUGUGAAUUUUUUAAGACUUUUUGAAGAUUAGUUUUAGAUUUAUAGAAAAAUUGCAGACAGCGGAUAAGACACUGCAGGAGUGAUGAACUGGAAGGAGCUGUGAUGAGGUAUCCUUAGUGUCUCAGAGACAGGUCAAGAUUGUGUGCAGCCUGUACUAUCCUUUAGUAAGUCUUAAAUACUGCAAGCAAGUUAUUUGUUUUAUUUUUGUUUCUGUCAUAGGGGCUCCUUGAAAACCUGUACCAUAUUGAAACCUGUUUUUAUUCCAUGAGCACAGUGGGGAUUAGAAGAGUAAUUUCAGAAUGUUUGAGUUUUCCUCUGUCUUAUGCAACUUUGCAAGACUGUGCUAUUUUCAAACAUAGAAUACAUAAAUUUCCUUUUUUUACUACGUAAAUACACUUUGAGGAACACUAUUUCCAUUGCAGUUUUUGUGAACCCUUUUCUAAUCUCUCUCUUAGACAACAUGAGUGGGACAUAUAGAGGUAGAGGAUUGGGGCGAGGCAGAUUUCAAAGCUGGAAAAGAGGAAGAGGAGGUGGGAACUUCUCAGGAAAAUGGAGAGAAAGAGAACGCAGACCUGACCUGAGUAAAACCACUGGAAAACAAGCCUCUGAACGUACCCCACAGCCUUUACUACUACAGUCGACAUUGGAACAGUUCAUACCAUAUAAAGGCUGGAAGCUGUAUUUUUCUGAAGUUUACAGUGAUAACUCUCCUUGUAUUGAGAAGAUUCAAGCAUUUGAAAAAUUUUUCACAAGGCAUAUUGAUUUAUAUGAUAAGGAUGAAAUAGAAAGAAAGGGAAGUAUUUUGGUGGAUUUUAAAGAACUGAUAAAAGAUGAUGAAAUAACUAACUUGGUACCGGAUAUAGGAAAUGAGCUAAGGGAUGCUCCUGAGAAAACCUUGGCCUGCAUGGGUCUGGCAGUACAUCAGGUAUUAACUAAGGACCUUGAAAGGCAUGCUGCUGAAUUGCAAGCCCAAGAAAGAUUGUCUGGUGAUGGAGAAACAAUGGUAAAUGUGCCACACAUUUAUGCAAGGGUGUACAACUAUGAACCCUUGACCCACCUGAAGAGUAUUCGCGCAAAUUACUAUGGAAAGUACAUUGCUCUGAGAGGGACAGUGGUCCGCGUCAGUAACAUAAAGCCUCUAUGCACCAAGAUGGCUUUUCUUUGUGUGGCUUGUGGAGAGGUUCAGAGCUUAUCUCUGCCAGAUGGAAAAUAUAAUCUUCCCACAAAGUGUCCCGUGCCUGCCUGUCGUGGGAAGUCGUUCACUCCUCUCCGCAGCUCUCCUCUUACAGUUACCAUGGACUGGCAGUCGAUCAAAAUCCAGGAGCUCAUGUCUGAUGCUCAGCAAGAAGCAGGACGGAUUCCACGAACAAUUGAAUGUGAGCUCAUUCAUGACCUUGUAGAUAGCUGUGUCCCGGGAGACAUGGUGACCAUUACCGGAAUUGUCAAAGUCUCAAAUGCUGAAGAAGGUUCUCGAAACAAGAAUGACAAGUGCAUGUUCCUUUUGUAUGUUGAAGCAAAUUCUGUUAGCAAUAGCAAAGGUCAGACAGCAGAGACUUCUGUGGAUGGGUCUAGGCAUGGAACACUGAUGGAGUUCUCACUUAAGGACUUCUAUGCCAUCCAGGAGAUUCAAGCUGAAGAAAACCUCUUUAAACUCAUUGUCAACUCACUUUGCCCUGUGAUUUUUGGUCAUGAACUUGUUAAAGCAGGUUUGGCAUUAGCACUCUUCGGAGGUAGCCAGAAAUAUGCAGAUGACAAAAACAGAAUCCCAAUUCGAGGAGACCCACAUGUCCUUGUUGUUGGAGAUCCAGGCUUGGGAAAGAGUCAGAUGCUACAGGCAGUAUGCAACAUUGCUCCACGUGGUGUGUACGUCUGCGGUAACACCACGACCACGUCCGGGCUGACUGUAACUCUUUCAAAAGACAGUGCCUCUGGUGAUUUUGCUUUGGAAGCUGGCGCCCUGGUACUUGGCGAUCAAGGCAUUUGUGGCAUAGAUGAAUUUGAUAAGAUGGGAAACCAACAUCAAGCCUUGUUAGAAGCCAUGGAACAACAGAGUAUUAGCCUUGCAAAGGCUGGUGUGGUUUGUAGCCUCCCUGCAAGAACUUCAGUUAUUGCUGCUGCAAACCCAGUUGGAGGACACUACAAUAAAGCCAAAACAGUUUCUGAGAAUUUAAAAAUGGGGAGUGCCCUACUCUCCAGAUUCGACUUGGUCUUUAUCCUGUUAGACACUCCGAAUGAGCAGCAUGAUCACUUACUCUCUGAACACGUGAUUGCAAUAAGAGCUGGAAAGCAGAGAGCUGUUAGUAGUGCCACAGUAGCUCGUGUGAAUAGUCAAUGUUCAAACACUUCUAUACUUGAAGUGGUUUCUGAGAAACCGUUAUCGGAAAGACUGAAGGUGGUUCCUGGAGAAACAGUAGACCCAAUUCCACAUCAGCUAUUGAGAAAGUAUAUUGGCUAUGCUCGACAGUAUGUCUACCCCAGGCUGUCAGCAGAAGCUGCUCGAAUUCUUCAAGAUUUUUACCUGGAGCUUCGGAAACAGAGCCAGAGGUUAAAUAGCUCACCAAUCACUACCAGGCAGCUGGAGUCUUUGAUUCGGCUAACAGAGGCACGAGCAAGGUUGGAAUUAAGAGAGGAAGCAACCAAAGAAGAUGCUGAAGAUAUAGUUGAAAUUAUGAAAUAUAGCAUGCUAGGAACUUAUUCGGAUGAGUUUGGGAACUUAGAUUUUGAGCGAUCCCAGCAUGGUUCUGGAAUGAGUAACAGGUCAACAGCAAAGAGAUUCAUUUCUGCUCUCAACAAUAUUGCUGAAAGAACUUACAAUAAUUUGUUUCAAUUUCAUCAACUUCGGCAGAUUGCCAAAGAGCUAAACAUUCAGGUUGCUGAUUUUGAAAAUUUCAUUGGUUCACUAAAUGACCAGGGAUACCUCUUAAAAAAAGGCCCAAAAGUUUACCAGCUUCAAACUAUGUAAAAAGACUUUAUCAAUUCAGGACCUUCUGGGUUUAUUGCCAUCUUUUUUUUUUUUAAUUGAGUUUAUGGUACAUUUUAGGUAUACAGUACAGUACAUUUACA